GAAUACGCCCCCCACGUGGGGGCGAAAGGGGGAGGACGCUCGUGACAAUGACGUACACAUCUGCGCCAGAGCCAUUGGUCUGCGCUAUGUUGUUGAGUAACUGCCAGCGAUUGGGUGAGAGGUGUCCAAUAAUUUCAAAUCAUAACUGAGUGCAAACUUCCUGCUUCCUACAAUCGCUUCAGAGCAAACAAAUGCCAGACCAUAAAUACGAAAUGAAAUGGUAGUAUUGUGGGAUGGUCAGGACCAGGCUAGGCCGAAUGGCUUAGGAGAUGGAAUUUAUAUCCUAGGGUUGCAGGUUUGAAUGCCACCCUUCCACUCCCUACCUCACUCCACAGCUGAGAUGCCCUUGAGCAAGGCACCUAACCCCAUAUUGCUCCAGGGAUUGUAACUAAUUUCCAACACCAUGUACUUAAAAAUAGCUGUAAGUUAUUUUGGAUAAAAGUGUCAAGAAAGAGUAAUGUCAUGUAUUGGUGGAACAGAUUUCCGGCUGGGUUUUUACUUUCCAAUGCUGGGAUUGACAAUGUUUACAAUGAAUGGACAGAAUCAUUUUAGUACAAUCACAAUAAUCAUAUGGUGAGAAACAAUCAAAUGAGGUUUUGGCACUGUUUGUCCCCUAUGUUGCAGAAGGCUAAUCAUAUUAAUCUGUCUGCAUGUUUGUAAAAGAGGCCAUAUUGUACAAAACACUUUUUUUUCUCAUGUUUUGCAUUGUCAUUUGGGCAAGUACUGCUCAAACAUUACAAAUACAUAGAAAAAUAAAUCAAAGAGAAAACGUAUAACAGAAAAAGCGUAUAUAAUAUGGCCCCUUUAAGGUAAAACCUUUUGUUUGCAACACUCAGUUUUUAUUGUUAAACAUGCACAGACACCCAGCAUAAGAGGAAAGACGCCGCCAACACGCUUGCCAUGUUAGGCCCUAAAAGAAGACGAGGCAUAGAUGGAGAUGAGGCAUCUCCUAGGCAUAACUGUGUAAUGCCUGAAGAGAAGAUGGAAGUAGAGUGUAAAGAAGAGAAGGAGGAGGAAGAGGAAGACAAGGAAAAAGAGGUGAAGAAGGAGGAGGAAGAAAAGGAAAAAGAGGUGAAGAAGGAGGAGGAAGAGGAAGAAAAGGAAAAGGAGGUGAAGAAGGAGCCCCCUGAGUACUCCCCGUCUGUGGCUGCUGUGCUGGGGAACGUGGUGGGCCUGAACCAGGAGUUUCUGGAGAUGCUGGUGGAGAACGUCCUCAAAGGCCCUGUCCCCUCACCCUUCAGUGUGGAGACACUACACGAGAUCAGCUCUGCUGUUGUGACCUUUGAGAAGGCAGAAGAUGCACAGCGUUUUGUGGACUUAUGUCCAAGGAAUGGCAUGUUCCGCUUGAAGAACAUCUCCUCCAGGCUGCUUGAGGUGACCACUAAAGUCCGAGCUGAAGACCUCAUCGAAGACAUAACGUCUGAUCAUCUGCAGCUGUAUUUCGGAAGAGAAGGUGUCUUGCAGGGAGAGGUGGAGAUGCAGGAGGAGGACCAAACGGCCAUCAUCUCGUUUACUGAGUCCAGUGCUGUGUCCAGGGUCAUCAAAAGACAGCAUGUUAUUUCAGAUCACCCUUUCAAAGUCUUUCCAUAUUUCGAGUCAUUGGGCACGGCUUUAUACGGGAAAGAAAAACCAUGGAAGUUACCAGAUGCCUUCACAGAGGAUAUCGAUCCUCUUUUGCACAAGUGUCUGCAAGACAAUCCUGAGUGUAGCACACUGGUCGACAGGGAAAUGGCCACACUUUUCUCUAAGGUUGACCUUUGCAUUAUGCCCGCAAGGAUCAGCCCCUUACCCUCUCUGUUGGAGCAGAAAAAAAUGUCAGCCAAGGUGAUUCGUUCCUGGCGAGACAACGCUUCUGCCAAAUUCAAAGACAUGCUGUCAAAGUUCAAGUGUCUGCCUUUGCGAGUGCCAGUGGUUGCUUGGGCGGAAUGUGAGGCUGCGAUUCGAGACGCCAUUCAGCAGAGGGCUCUGUCACUGGUUGUGGACCAGUCUCAGGGAAAGAUGACUGUGACAGGCCUCUCUGAGAGUGUCGACAGCCUUGGUGACUUGAAGGUGACUGUUGAGGAAAUCAUCAAGGCAGUUGAGAGGAAGGUGGGCAGCCGAGAGGAAGAGGUGAAGGUGGCAGCCUCGAUAUAUCACCUCCUUGAACACGCAGGCUUGGGUCAAAAAAUCAAGAUUGAGAUCCCAGAGCUGAAGUUCCGCUACAACAAAUCGAACCAAAGUGUUGCGUUUUAUGGACUGCAAGAAGAGAUUUUGUUGGCGAAAGCACACAUCUUCGAGGAAAUGCUGUCUCUCUCCAGGAGCGGGCAGCUAAAUAUUGAGGACAGCGUCAUAGAAUUCUUGUCUGGCGGUGACCAGGAGGAGUUGAACCAGCAGCUCUUCAUGUCAGAGGGUGUCAGUGCAGCCUUGGAAAUUCACGGUGGCGUGCUGAAUCUCGUGGCCAAGACGGCAGAGACCAUCAAGGCUGCAGAGGGGCAACUGCAGAAGCUUUUGAACCACAGAUGCAUCGAGAUAGAAGACCUUAACAUACUGGCGAUGAGCGAGUGGAAUCAGUUAGUGGAUGGGUUGCUAAUAGCAGUCAAUCAGUCCGGAAGGAGAGUUAGUGUUGACACCGACGGCACAAUAGUUGUGAUCUCUGGAUUUGUGAAAGAAGUGGAUGCGGUGCAGAAAGAUCUACAGAACUUUGUGCACGACAACUCCUCCGUCACCAGAACCGUGACCGGCCGGAGGAUCAUCGUGAAAUUUGUGCGCGAGCAGAAGGGGGCCGUGUGGCAGGAGCUGAUCAAAGACGACCUCAAGAUCGAUUUCCAGGACGAUUCGGUGUCGCUGUGCGGCCCCAGAGUCCGUGCCAUGGAGUGCCAGCAGGCCAUUGAGGACUUGAUCUCCUCCAUCCACCACGACGUCUUGAGGAUGGCCAAACCGGGAGCCAAGAAGUCCUUCAAGGACAAGGAGACCCUCUACGUGAGCACAGCAGCCAGCAAGUGGGGUUGCCUAGUGCAGCUGGAGGAUGAGGUGCACGCUGCCUCGGCAACCGCCUCCACCUCAGCAGAUGAGCACAAACCUGACUUCCGCCUGCAAACUCCUGAUGGCGUGGACAUAGCCGUGUUCAAGGCAGACAUGUGCUCGUUCAGAGCGGACGCCAUUGUCAACGCAGCCAACGAGGGGCUUCAGCACGACGGGGGACUCGCAGGAGCUCUCCUUGCUGCCGCAGGUCCUCAGUUCCAGGCAGCGUCCAAUCACGUCAUUUCCCAGAGAGGGCAGGUGGCCACAGGGGACGUGGUCGUCACGACAGCCGGUGGGCGUCUGCGGUGCGAACACGUCAUCCACGCCGUGGGGCCCAGAUUCAGGAGGGACAACUCUCAAAAGUCAAUCGGCCUGCUGAAGAGGGCGAUCAAAGGGUGCCUGAGGGAAGCUGAGAGCCUGAAGGUCCACUCCAUUGCCAUCCCCGCCAUAAGCUCAGGCUCGUUCGGAUUCCCGCUGGACGUCUGCUCCGAGACCAUCGUAGGGGCGAUCAAGGAGCACUGUGAAGACAUGUACGGUGAUGGCUUGCUGAAGAAAAUACACUUGGUCAACAAGGACGACGCCACUGUCCGGGCAAUGGAAAUUGCUGUUAAAAAGGUUUUUGGCAGAGAUUUGCAAAACAAGCCACAGUCUGGAGGCCAGGCAGGCAUGAUGCAAAACCAAACACAGAGUCAAGGCCAAGCCCAAGGUCAAAGAAUUCUUCCAACUGGCAGCAGCACACAGAGCGUGCAGACAAAAGAGGGACUGAUCAUCACACUCUUGAAAGGGAACAUUCAGGACACCACAACUGAUGUAGUAGUGAACACGGUUGGGCCUGGGUUGCGCCUUGAUCAAGGGGCGGUGUCCAAUGCCCUCUUCCAAGCUGCGGGACCCGAGCUUCAGAAUCUGGUUGAUCAACAGGCAGCUCCACCUGCUAAUGAAGGUGCUGUGCUCUUUACUGAGGGCUGCAACCUAAAAUGCAAGAGGGUGUUCCACACUGUCGCCCCCCAGUGGGAUGGAGGAAAAGGCCACGCACAGAGGGUCUUGAGCUGCAUUGUGGACGACUGUCUGAAUGAGGCAGAGAGGUGUGGGCUGAGGAGCCUGACCUUCCCCGCCAUCGGCACAGGAAACCUGGGCUUCCCCCCGGUUGAGGUGGCCCGUCUCAUGCUGGACGACGUCCUCAACUUUAGCCAGAAGAAGGGAUCGAACAGCGUACAAGAGGUGGUUUUCACUCUGCACCCUAGCGAUGCCAGAACAACACAGGCCUUUACAGAUGAAUUCAACCAGAAAUUCUCAAUUCAGGCGGCACCUGGCCACCAAAGCAGAGGUACAGCAGAUGCUUUACCUGACACAAGAAAGGGUCCAUUCUCCAAGGUCACGUGCCCAAGCUCCGGACUGUGUCGGACCACUGUUGGACAAGUCGAGAUUGAAGUUGAAACGGGGGACAUCACUAAAGAGGACGCUGAUGUUAUUGUGAACUCUACUAAUGAUACUUUUAACCUCAACUCAGGUGUCUCCAAAGCGAUUCUGACUGCUGCUGGUCCAAAUGUGAUAGCUGAGUGCCAACAACAUGGAAACAAACCAGGUGCAACAAUGAUUAUGACCCAGCCUGGUAAUCUGAAAUGCAAGAAGAUUCUUCACCUGAAAGGCCAGACGCAGCCCAACUUGAUCCAGAAGAGUGUUAGCGAUGCUCUCUUGUUGUGCAUUCAGAACAACAUGAAGUCAGUCUCCUUUCCUGCUCUUGGCACAGGUCAGGGCAAUGUGGCUGCUGGGGUGGUGGCAGACGCCAUGUUGGACGCGGUGAUAGACGUGGUGGGAAAGAUGCCAGGGUCUUCGCUAGAGCUGGUCCGCAUAGUGAUCUUCCAAGCCCCCAUGCUGCCCGAGUUCCACAAGAGCAUGCAGAGACGAGAGGGGUUAGGGCCGGGGGCGAAGCCGGGCGUGGUGUCCUGGGUCAUGUCGAGCCUGAAAUCCCUCUUCACCGGAGGCCAGGACAAAGAUGGCAAAUCUUCAAGAGGCCAAAGAGGAGUCGUGGCCAUCCAGUGCAAGGUGCUGGACCCCGCCUUCUUCCACAUCUGCGGCGAGUCACGGGACAGCGUGGAACGCUUCAAGCAGUGGCUGGACGACCAGAUUACCAAGGACCAGUUCACAGACACCAUCUCCGACGAGAUGCUCCUCAGCCUGGCCCCCGCUGACCUCAAGAGGAUACAGGACCUACAGGAGAAGCACGACGUGAAGAUCAGUUUGCACGAGCAGGACAUGACAGGUGCAGGAGGUGACGACGCCACCACCCUCAACAUUGAGGGGCUCAGCAGAGACGUGCUGGUGGCCUCCAGGGAGGUGCAGAGCAUCCUGAAGAGGUGUAGGGAGCAGGAGAGCCUCAACAGGCAGAUAGACCUCACCAGUAACCUGGUAGAGUGGCAGCACCAGGCCUCAGGCCAAGGCCAGUACCGGCCCUUCGACCCGCAGGACAACUUCAACCUGGAGCAGGCCAAGGAGGGCAGGCGAGCGUACGCGGACGUCACCAUCGGGGGCCAGACGUGGAGGGUCCACCUGCCUGACGGGCCAGCCACGGACCGCCACGGGAAUCAGAUCAAGAUCAAGAGGAUCGAUAGACUUGGAGGAGGUGAUGCCAAUGUUCCAGACUACUGGGAUGUCAUGGCAACCAAUACCCAGUGCCAGCUGUUUCCCCUGCAGCAAAAAACUCCAGAGUAUGAUGACGUUGAACAACGUUUCCGUGCCACUUGUCGCAACAAAAUUUUGAAGAUCGAGAGGGUACAAAACCCAUACCUGUGGAGGAACUACAGUAUCAAGAAACAACACAUGGAAAUGAAAAACGGCCACCAGAACAACGAAAGGAGACUGUUUCAUGGGACAAGCCAACCAACUAUAGACCACAUCAACCACAACGGCUUUAACCGCAGCUAUGCGGGUAAAAAUGCUGCUGCUAUUGGUAAUGGCACCUACUUCGCAGUGAAUGCUCAGUACUCAGCAUCCAACACCUACUCCGUGCCAGACGGGCGGCGCCAGAAGUACAUGUACCUGUGCCAGGUGCUCACGGGCGACUUCACGACAGGACGGCCGGGGAUGAUUGUCCCCCCAGCCAAGAGCAACACCUCUGCAGACCUCUACGACACGGUGACGGACAACCCCCAAGCACCGUCCAUGUUUGUUGUCUUCAAUGACAUUCAGGCAUAUCCCGAGUACCUCAUCACUUUUCAUUGAGGAAAGGCAAAGGGAAUUGAUUGCCUGGACUUGUGCCUUCUUGUUGUUGGCACCUGAUCACUUUUCAGCGAGGAAGCCAAAGGAAUUCUACAUGUUUAAGUUACUGACAGGUUUACACGCUUGAUUUGCACUUUUCUUGUAUUUUAGUUGGUGUUUUAGUUUCAUGUUUGAAGUUAAAGAUAUUUGAAUGUCUGAGAUGAGGGAAGAAGUGUCUGAGUUUUUCAGAUUAGUGCCUUGAAAUGGUUUGUGAGAAGAUUUAACAGUAGUCUAUUAGUGAUAAUCAGUUUUGGCUGUAGUCUUCAGCUGGUGUCUUCAGUUUACCUUAGCCCUUUAAAGGUGCUAUUUGGUAUUUAGCAUGGCAUGUUUGUAGCGAUUUAUUUCCAGAAUGUAUGCUGUCCAUCCACAAAUGCUAUAUGUUUCAGGUAUAUUUUACCACCACUAUCAAUGUCCAUCAUCACCUUGAAAUUUACACUUACAGUACACCUUACUGUAUUUUGGUCAGAAUAGUAAAUAUUAGUUUACAUUAAUGAAAAAAAAAACCCGUUGUCAAUGGGCAGCAUACAUUUUGAAAAUAAACAACUAGAAUGACAUACUGUACCUUAAUAUCAGGAGGAAUUCACCCUUGCCUUCUCUUAACACAGCCCAGGACCCGCUUGCCUUAAAUUUCAAAAGCACAAUAGCCAAAGAGAAGAAUGUCUGCUACUGUAUGAUAGUACAUCAAGUUAAAAACAACAAAAACGUGUGUACAUAUAAAAUACUUUCUAAAUAUUAUUCAAGGAAGGAUAAUGGUUAUGUUUGUGCAACACCAAUAAUGUGCCUAACUUUUCCUUUCCUUCAUGUGUAAUAAAAUGGUAAAUAAAUCCAUAACAUUACGCACCA